ACUAUAGUAUAAGGUACCACAAAAAUACCAAAAUUUUAAAUAAGAAUAUAAAAAAUAAAAUACACACCCCACCUGGGAGCUUCACCUUCCCAUCAUUCAUUCAUACAAUAAACGACAAACCGUUUCAGAGAUCGAUAUGGGUUUCGUUGUCACCUCGCUUAUCUUCCUUGUCGUCGGAAUCAUCGCAUGCCUUUCUACAAGAAUUUGCUUCAACAAAGGACCUUCUGCUAAUUUAUUUCACCUCACUUUGGUCCUUACUUCAACAAUAUGCUGCUGGAUGAUGUGGGCAAUUGUAUAUCUGGCACAAAUGAACCCCCUCAUAGUUCCCAUCUUGAGUGAUGGCGAAUAACAUUUUGUACAAACAAAUGUAAUUCCUCAAGUAGAGUACAAAUCACAGGUUGGCUGCUUGAGAGAAUAUGGUUUCAGCUCUGGUGAGUCAUUCAAUAUUGGUGGCGCGUUUCAAUUGAAUUUUCCUUUGCUGCGUGACGUUUUACCCAUGUAAGUUAUAAUUGAUGUAUUAAGUUCAGAAAUUAGCAAAUAGUUGGAGUAUGUAUUUUGAGGAAAUAAGUUAAUUGAUUUCUGUAUUAUAUGAAGAAAAUAAGUGAUGAGACUCUUGGUGUAUGAUUCUACAGAAAAGAAUGAGCUACGCUCGUGUCAUGAGCAAAUAAAUCGCGUCGAUUAUUCA